AUGUCCCACAAGGCACCUUUGGUCGUUCCCGCGCUCAAGCGACACACAGCCACUGUCAUCGUGGCGCAUGGGUUGGGCGACAGUGGGGCUGGCUGGAUAUUCCUCGCGGAGAACUGGCGCAGACGAAGCAAGUUCGAGGAGGUCUCGUUCAUCUUCCCCAAUGCUCCGAGCAUCCCAAUCACGCUGAACAUGGGCAUGCGCAUGCCAGGAUGGUACGACAUCAAGUCACUGAGCACUCUCGAUGACCGAGAGGAAGACGAAAAGGGCAUCGUCGACUCCCAGAAGUACUUCCACUCCCUCAUCGACCAAGAGGUCGCAAAGGGCAUACCCGCCAACCGCAUCGUCGUCGGCGGCUUUUCCCAAGGCGGCGCCAUGUCACUGCUGUCCGGUGUGACUUACAAAGACCAGCUCGGAGGCAUCUUCGGCCUGAGCUGCUACCUCCUGCUGCAGAAGAAGAUCAAAGACAUGAUUCCGACCGAGAACCCCAACCAGAAGACGCCCAUUUUCAUGGGCCACGGCGACGCCGAUCAAGUCGUUGCGCACAAGUGGGGAAAGCUGAGUGCUGACGAGCUCGAAAAGCACGGGUUCAAGGUCGACUUCAGGACUUACAAGAACCUGGUGCACUCCGCCGAUCCUGAUGAGAUCGAUCACCUCGAGUCCUACCUCAACCAACAAAUCCCCGCCCUCGGCGACAAGUCGGAACUCUGA